GCAUCGAAAUCUGGUAAAAUGACAUCAGAUCAUUUUAAAAUGUGGUUAGAAGAAGGUUAUUUUGCAAACAUUGGUCCUAAUAGCGUUCUUCCUAUCGAUUCAUGGACUGGACAUUGCCCCAAUACUAUUUCGGAUUUAACCCGUCCAGGAACACAUAUUACUACCAUGAUAAUAUCGAAAGGAACUACAGGGAAAAUACAACCAUUAGAUGUUUAUGGAUUCAGAAUUUGGAAAAAUUUUGCUAAAAGAUUUUCAGAUACGGUUUUAUUGUUGGAAAGUAAUAUAAAUUUACAUGAACGAAAUAAUAUAAUAAAAUUGCAAUCUUUGAUACAUAAUCAAUUAUCAUUCCCACGAUAUCAAAACUUAUUUAAAUAUUCGUGGUUUAAAAGUGGUUAUAUGAAUGAAAGACCAGAAGAAUUUGAAAAUCCAGUAAAAUUUAGUUUUGACGGAACAUCAACAAAAUGUGAUAUUGAAGGUUGCAAUAUAUAACUGUAGUAAGAUGCAAUAAUAUAACUGUAGUAAGAUGUUCUUGGUGCAAGAAAUCAUUAUGCUUAAAAAUUUUUUU